CACCCAUCCACCCACCCACCCGCGCUCAGGAAAUGUGAGCGGGGCUGAUGGAAGCUGAUAGGCAGGGCCGGAGUGUGAGCCCCAGCACUGGAUGUGACAGCAGGCAGAGGAGCACUUAGCAGCUUUUGCAGUGUCCGAUUCGGAUUCCGGCAAGGAUCCAAGCAUGGAGAGCUGCCGUCGGGUAACUCCUGGCACACUGCUGCGCCUUCUGGCGUUCCUACUCCUGAGCUCAAGAACUGCGAGGUCAGAGGAGGACCGGGAAGGCCUCUGGGAUGCCUGGGGCCCUUGGAGCGAAUGCUCACGCACCUGUGGUGGGGGUGCCUCCUAUUCCCUGCGAAGAUGCCUGAGCAGCAAGAGCUGUGAAGGAAGAAAUAUUCGUUACAGAACAUGCAGUAAUGUGGACUGCCCACCAGAAGCAGGUGAUUUCCGAGCUCAGCAGUGUUCUGCUCAUAAUGACGUCAAGCACCACGGCCAGUUUUAUGAAUGGCUUCCUGUGUCUAACGACCCUGACAACCCAUGCUCUCUCAAGUGCCAAGCCAAAGGAACCAGCUUGGUUGUUGAACUAGCACCUAAAGUCUUAGAUGGUACGCGCUGCUAUACAGAAUCUUUGGACAUGUGCAUCAGUGGAUUAUGCCAAAUUGUUGGCUGUGAUCACCAGCUGGGAAGCACCAUCAAGGAGGAUAACUGUGGGGUCUGCAACGGAGAUGGGUCCACCUGCCGGCUGGUUCGAGGGCAGUAUAAAUCCCAGCUCUCUGCAACUAAAUUGGAUGACACUGUGGUUGCCAUUCCCUAUGGAAGUAGACAUAUUCGCCUUGUCUUAAAAGGACCAGAUCAUUUGUAUCUGGAAACCAAGACGCUCCAGGGGACUAAAGGUGAAAACAGUCUAAGCUCUACAGGCAAUUUUCUUGUGGACAAUUCUACAGUGGACUUCCAGAAACUUCCAGACAAAGAGAUACUGAGAAUGGCUGGGCCACUGACAGCAGAUUUCAUCAUCAAGAUCCGUGACUCGGGGCCUGCAGAUAGCACAGUCCAGUUCAUCUUCUACCAGCCUAUCAUCCACCGAUGGAGGGAAACGGAUUUCUUUCCUUGCUCAGCAACCUGUGGAGGAGGUUACCAGCUGACAUCGGCUGAGUGUUAUGAUCUCCGGAGCAGCCGUGUGGUUGCCGAUCAAUACUGUCACUAUUACCCAGAGAAUAUCAAACCCAAGCCCAAACUUCAGGAGUGCAACUUGGAUCCUUGUCCAGCCAGUGACGGAUACAAGCAGAUCAUGCCUUAUGACCUCUACCAUCCCCUUCCUCGGUGGGAGGCCACCCCAUGGACCGCGUGCUCCUCCUCGUGUGGGGGGGGCAUCCAGAGCCGGGCAGUUUCCUGUGUGGAGGAGGACAUCCAGGGGCAUGUCACUUCAGUGGAAGAGUGGAAAUGCAUGUACACCCCUAAGAUGCCCACCGUGCAGCCCUGCAACAUUUUUGACUGCCCUAAAUGGCUGGCACAGGAGUGGUCUCCGUGCACGGUGACAUGUGGCCAGGGCCUCAGGUACCGUGUGGUCCUCUGCAUCGAUCACCGAGGCAUGCACACAGGAGGCUGCAGUGCGAAAACAAAGCCCCACAUAAAAGAGGAAUGCAUCAUACCAACCCCCUGCUACAAGCCCAAAGAGAAACUUCCAGUAGAGGCCAAGCUGCCAUGGUUCAAGCAAGCCCAGGAGCUAGAAGAAGGAGCUGCAGUGUCAGAGGAGCCCUCGUUCAUUCCGGAGGCUUGGUCCGCCUGCACUGUCACCUGUGGUGUGGGGACCCAGGUGAGGACAGUCAGAUGCCAGGUGCUCCUGUCUUUCUCUCAGUCGGUGGCUGACCUACCGGUUGAUGAGUGUGAAGGGCCGAAGCCAGCAUCCCAGCGUGCCUGUUACGCAGGACCCUGCAAUGGAGAAAUUCCGGAGUUUAACCCAGAGAACACAGACGGGCUCUUGGGUGGCCUGCAGGACCUGGACGAGCUAUACGACUGGGAAUAUGAGGGCUUCACCAAGUGCUCCGAGUCAUGCGGAGGAGGUGUCCAGGAGGCUGUGGUGAGCUGCCUGAACAAACAGACCCGGGAGCUUGCUGAUGAGAACCUAUGUGUAACCAGCCAAAGGCCCCCACAGCUCCUGAAAUCUUGCAAUCUGGAUCCCUGCCCAGCAAGGUGGGAAGUUGGCAAGUGGAGCCCGUGUAGCCUCACCUGUGGGGUCGGCCUGCAGACCAGAGAUGUUUUUUGCUCCCACCUACUUUCUAGAGAGAUGAAUGAGAUGGUCAUCCUGGCCGAUGAGCUGUGUCGCCACCCCAAGCCCAGCACGGUGCAGGCCUGUAAUCGCUUCAACUGUGCUCCAGCCUGGUACCCUGCACAGUGGCAGCAGUGUUCCAGGACUUGUGGAGGAGGGGUUCAGAAACGAGAUGUUCUUUGCAAGCAGCGCAUGGCUGAUGGCAGCUUCCUAGAGCUCCCAGAGACCUUUUGUUCAGCCUCCAAACCUGCCUCCCAGCAAGCCUGCAAGAAAGAUGACUGUCCCAGCGAGUGGCUUCUCUCAAACUGGACAGAGUGCUCUGUGAGCUGCGGGGAGGGCACCCAGACUCGAAGCGCCAUUUGCCAGAGGGUGUUGAAAACCGGGGUCUCCACUGUUGUCAAUUCCACCCUGUGCCCUCCCCUGCCUUUCUCUUCCUCCAUAAGACCCUGCAUGCUGGCAACUUGUGCAAGGCCUGGACAGCCUUCCACAAAGUACAUUCCUCACAUCGCAGCUGCUCGGAACAUAUACAUCCAGACCCGAAGGCAGAAGAAGCUGCACUUCAUCGUGGGUGGAUUCGCUUACUUACUUCCCAAGACAGCAGUGGUGCUCCGAUGUCCCACACGCAGGUUCCGCAAGCCCCUCAUCACCUGGGAGAAAGAUGGUCAGCAUCUCAUCAGCUCUGCUCACGUCACCGUGGCCCCUUUCGGCUACCUGAAGAUCCACCGCCUCAAGCCCUCGGAUGCAGGCGUGUACACCUGUUCUGCGGGGCCAACCAGGGAGCAGUUUGUGAUUAAGCUCAUUGGAGGCAACCGCAAGCUUGUGGCCCGGCCUCUGAGCCUCUGGAGUGAGGAUGAGGCCCUCCAGCUGAGAAAGGCCAAGCCAAAGGAGGCCUUGCAGACCCACAAACACCAAAACGGCAUCUUCUCCAACGGCAGCAAGGCUGAGAAGCGUGGCCUGGCUGCUGACCCAGGGAGCCGCUACGAUGGCAUUGUGUCUCUGCUGCUGGAACAGGGUGGCUGGCCGGGAGAGCUCCUGGCCUCGUGGGAGGUGCAGGACUCCACGGAAAGGAACGCGUCCUCCGAGGAGGAUCCGAACACUGAGCAGGCCCUCCUGCAUCUCCCCUUCACCAUGGUGACCGAGCAGAAGCGCCUGGAUGACAUCCUCACCAACCUCUCCCAGCAGCCGGAGGAGCUGCGGGACCUCUACAGCAAGCACAUGGUGGCCCAGCUGGCCCAGGAUCUCUUCCGUAGCCACCUAGAGCACCAGGACGUGCUCCUCAAGCCCUCGGAGCAGAGGUUCUCGCUGGUGGCCGUCCCGCCUCCUCGGAAACACGUGUCUAGCUUCAGCAGCCCCCUGCGGAGCUCCUCUGCAGAGUCUGGAGGCUCUCGCAGGCCGUACAGAAAGCCCACCAUCUUGCGGAAGAUCUCAGCUGCCCAGCAGCUCUCGGCCUCAGAGGUGGUCACCCACCUGGGGCAGACCGUGGCCCUGGCCAGUGGGACCCUGAGUGUGCUGCUACACUGUGAGGCAGUGGGCAACCCGAGGCCUGCCAUCAGCUGGGCCAGGAACGGUGAAGAGGUUCAGCUCAGCGACAGGAUUCUUCUACAGCCAGAUGAUUCCUUACAGAUCUUGGCUCCAGUGGAAGCUGAUGUGGGUUUCUAUACUUGCAAUGCCACAAAUGCCUUGGGAUAUGACUCUGUCUCCAUUGCUGUCACCUUAGCAGGGAAGCCACUAGUGAAAACAUCAAGAAUGACUGUGGUCAACACAGAGAAGCCUGCAGUCACAGUGGAUAUUGGUGGUACCAUCAGAACAGUGCGUGGAGUGAAUGUGACCAUUAACUGCCAAGUGGCGGGUGUGCCUGAAGUGGAAGUCACUUGGUUCAGGAAUAAAAGCAAACUGGGUUCCUCCCACCAUCUGCACGAGGCCUCAUUGCUGCUCACAAACGUGUCCUUCUCCGAUCAAGGCCUAUACUCCUGCAGGGCAACCAAUCUUCAUGGAAUGCUGACAGAGAACACCCAGCUCCUGAUCCUAGAUCCCCCCCAAGUCCCCACACAGUUGGAAGACAUCAGGGCCUUGCUCUCAGCCACUGGACCGAACCUUCCUUCAGUGCUAAUGUCUCCUCUGGGAACACAGCUGGUCCUGGAUCCUGGGAAUUCCGCUCUCCUUGCCUGUCCCAUCAAAGGUCACCCCACCCCCAAUAUCACCUGGUUCCAUGACAGCCAACCAGUUGCUGCUGCAACAGGACUGACAUACCACAUCUUGGGAGCUGGACAGAUCCUUCACGUUGCAAAUCUCAGUGGCGAAGCUCAAGGAGAGUUCAGCUGCCUAGCUCAGAAUGAGGCAGGCAUACUCACACAGAAGGCAUCUUUGGUGAUCCAAGAUUACUGGUGGUCUGUGGACAGACUGGUGACCUGCUCAGCAUCUUGUGGUAAUAGGGGGAUUCAUCAGCCCCACGUCAGGUGUUUGCUGAACAACACAGAGGUUAACCCUGAGCACUGUGCAGGAAAGCCUCGCCCUGCUGUACAGCCUAUUCCUUGUAACCGGAGAGACUGUCCUUCUCGGUGGAUGGUGACUUCCUGGUCUGCCUGUACCCGGAGCUGUGGUGGAGGCAUCCAGACCCGCCGAGUGACCUGUCAGAAGCUGAAAGCCUCUGGAAUCUCCACCCCUGUGUCCAAUGACAUGUGUACCCAAUUGGCCAAAAGACCUGUGGAUACCCAGGCCUGUAACCAGCAGCUCUGUGUGGAAUGGGCUUUCUCCAGCUGGGGCCAGUGCAAUGGGCCUUGCAUAGGGCCUCGCCUCGCUAUGCAACACAGACAAGUCUUCUGCCAGACCCGGGAUGGUAUCACCUUACCAUCAGAGCAGUGCAGUGCCCUUCCCAGGCCCGUGAGCACCCAAAACUGCUGGUCAGACGCCUGCAGCGUACACUGGAGGGUCAGCCUGUGGACCCUAUGCACAGCAACUUGUGGCAACUAUGGCUUCCAGUCCCGGCGGGUCGAAUGUGUUCACGCCCGCACCAACAAGGCUGUCCCCGAGCACCUGUGCUCUUGGGGACCCCGGCCUGCCAACUGGCAACGCUGCAACAUCACUCCAUGUGAAAACACUGAGUGCCGAGACACCACCAGACACUGCGAGAAGGUGAAGCAGCUGAAACUCUGCCAGCUCAGCCAGUUCAGAUCUCGCUGCUGUGGAACUUGCGGCAAAGCGUGAAGAUGGCACAGGGAAGAACUCUGCCCUGGCCACACAAAGGACUCACACAACCACCUUGGACAGGACUUACGCUUUCUUCCUUUUAUUUAUUUAUUUGCCCCUCCCUUCACACCCAUGCCCACCCACACCCAUACUCCCAAGGACCUCAACAUGUUUUCUCAUUCAGUUAGCUGGAGGACAGUGUUGGGAAUGGAAAAAGACAUGUCUGAAGGAGGUUGCAGAGCAGGCCAGGAAGACAGCAGCAGCAGCUCCCUUGCAGAGCUAGCCCCCUCCUAACCUGGGUCUCAGAAAUAUCAGAAGAGGAAGCCGUAGCCAGUGACAGCAGGGCGCUGGGGUUUAGAGUACUCUGGUGCAGCCACAGGCCAACCAGCCACAUCGUUCCUCUGUCUCCUUCUCUACCCCCUCAGGGGUGUGGCAGUAAGAACAAGGGGGCACCAUGCUGGGCAGAAACCAGACCAGGACUCAGCUCUUCUGUCAAGGAACAGGGGAAGAAGAGAACUCAACCACGGACAGAUAGAGAGCCCCAGAGGAGAUGAUCCAAGAAGGCGACAGGCACCCAGUGAUGUCAGAAAUGGAGAGAGGAAAGGGACAGGAGCAAAAGAAGUGUGUGUGUGCUCCUCAGUGGGGAGCAGCCAGCAGGAAGGAGAGACCUUCAGGCAGUCACGUGAGGCUCAUGUGACAGGCCUAUAUCCCAGUGCAUGUGUGCACUCCAGUGGGUUCAGUGGAGGCACCCUACAGCGUCCUUUCAAAGUGCCCAUGCUGCAUAGGAGGCAUGCCCCUCAUGGGGCCAUGGGAGUGUCCCUACUCUGAGUAAUCUUUAUGUCUGCAUCUGCAGCCAAGCUGGCAAGGGGUCAGCAUCUGGCUGUGCAAUAAGGCUGCCCUUGGCAUCUCAUUUAAAUCAAGGACCCCCAGCCCUGAACUAACUACUGCUGUGGGUCAAGGGCAUUUGAGCAUGAGUAAGUCAGGCUUUCUGCUUAAAUGGCCUUUGGUGCUCCACACAGGGCCAGGGACUAGGGAUCACUGGUCAAAAUCAAUUCGUUAACCAAUCCAUUUGCCAGUGAGCAUCUAUUAGGUUGCAGCAACCCUUUACACAAGCGUUAGCCAGGGAACAGAAUUUGGGCAUACCCACAAUGCCAUCCCACCUGCCCAUCCCAGCCACCCAACAUUGGGCCUGUGUGUACCACAGAGAACUGCUGUCCAUAUUUACACAGCAGGUUAGGAGGGGUGAUAAGAUGCUGUGGCAAAGCCAGAGGAUAGCUAAAGACUCGAAGACAGUCUUCAAAGACUUUUUAACCCAUCCUCCUGACACAAAUGCUAUAUACGCUAUGGUAAUUAGCACGCUUGACUGUGUGAAUAGACCACACAGCAGGCAAAGCAGCACAGCAAUGUGCAUUUAGCUAUGGAGAUGGUUACAGCAGCAUCAGGAGGCUAAACAAAAGCUUUGGCACUACUUGGAAGAUUGCUUAUGCAGUAGAGAAGCUUUGGCAAGGAAGGUUUCUUUCUCUCCUGGGAGGCCUGCAUUUGGUAGACUGGGAAGCCAGAGCCACUUACCCUCAGAUAAACCACCCUCACAUACACACUCAUGCAAUGUUAUCGCCCCAGGGCCACCACGGACAUCAGAGUUGCAUUUUCUAGCCAGCCUGGAUAUAAAAUUUGGAAGGCAAUAAUGUGUGUCUUCUCUAGGUGAGCUAUGAGCAACUAGGCGGGUCUCUUCUGCAUCUCAAAAAUAGACUAAGAAAUCGGGUCACUGAAAAUCAGCAUAAUGUUUAUUUAAAAUAAAAGAGAGUGUUUCUAUGUAUAUCUUUUGUGAAUAUUUAUUAGGAUUUCUUGUAUAAAAAGUGCAAUAUUAAUAAUUGUACAUUGUCAUCCAGAAAAUAACUAUUUGGGGGGUUUUAUUAACUUCCUGUAGCUGUGUUCCUGUCGACUCAGUGGUGACAAUUAUAUUCUUCCUGUUUUUAAUAUAAACUGGUGUUUAACUCUGAUCCAUUAUUCACUGUGUACAGAUUACAUUGUAAAACCUAACAUGGGCUAUGGGGGCAACAAAGUCUAUUCACAAUACUCACACAGGGGAUGAAGACAAAUUCCAUAAUAAUAACAUGGUUGGAUAGUUCAAUAGUUAUUGAAAGUUGGUGGAUGAUGUUUGCAUAUCCUAAAAAGCAGGUAUCUUCCAGCUCUGCCACAGGCCAGCAUGUGAAGUUGGAGAGCUUAGGUUUGAAGUGGAAAGCAGCAUGCUCCUUGCAUGAGAUGAAUGUACAUUUAAUAUUUGUUCUGUGAAUUGUGACUCAGCACUGCCACAAAUUAAGGCUGCUGGAUAAUGUGGAAGGAGGCCCUUCCUCCUCUAAAACACACAAAAAAACCUGUAUUUAUAUUUUUUGUACAGAUAAUACAGCUUAUUUAUUUAAA